AUGGCCACCGAGAAGAUCGACGAAGAAUGGAAGAACAUUCAGGAGGAUUUUCAGAAGCUUGAGGUAAUUUUUCAGAAAAAUGUGCCAGCGCACAACCCGGGGAUGCUCUUUUCAGCAUUUCUAGGCCACCGAAGCGCGUGAAAUUCAAAGUUUUCUUGCAAAUUUGAGUGCGCGAUUAGCAUGAAUGGAUUUUGCAGAAACUGCACGAGGAGUACAUUCAAAAGUCGCGACUAGUGAGCAAAUGUCAGGAAACGGUCGGAAAAGCGAUGAAACAUCACAAUUAUCUGCUGAAAAACAUGAAGGAAGCAUUCAAACAGUCGGUUUUCAGAGAAAAUUGACAAGAUUUUCAAUAAGUUUAAAUUUUAGGACCACCCUGGCGGCCGAGAAGAUGACGGACGAGGCGGAGCGCGAGCGAGUGCUGGAAAGAGUGAAAAAAGUGAAAGAUGACGUGGCGGGCGUGAAUUUGCGCAUGAAAGACAUGCAGGGAGAGCUGCCCGCACAGACCAACGGAUUCUAUCUCAAUCUCAUUCUGGGUACGGGAUUGUUGAAGAAGUUUACCAGAUUUUCGAACAAAAAGUCAAUAAUCUGCUAAUUCAACGGGUCGUUUUUCUCAACUCGUAAAUCCUGUUCAUUGUGAGGCCCGGCAUGCGCCCGAAUUCUUUGAAGGCGCAUGCUGGGUCUCGAAACGAACAGGCGUUACGAGCAAGAAAAAACCUUUUGCGGAGUUCUAGUUGACUUUUACCUGACCAAUGUUUGCAGGCUCCAACCUCAACGUUUCGCUGCUCACCAAAUCGGAAAAGUUCAAGUACAAACAGGUAUUUAAAAAAUACUCUGAAAAUUUUGUUUCUUGAAAGUAGAAACGUAAGCGCUUUCCGGUUUUUCGAGCAAUUUUCUAGAAAUAAGACUGUACGAAACAGAGCGCGAUGCGUAAUUUUGGCUGUUUCUAGAAAAAUUGCUCGAUUUCCGCAGCAGCAAAAACUGUAUAAGCUCGAGAAUGUAAUGGGGUAACUUGUGACUUCAGGAAUACGAGGGCUUCAAAUGGAACAUCACAAUCGUGAUCUGCGUGCUGGCGGUCGUCUCGUGGGUGUGGCCGUUCCGCGUUCUCGACUCGAUCCUCUGCUUCCUCAUGGUCUGGUACUACUGUACUCUGACCAUUCGCGAGUCGGUGCUGCGCGUGAACGGCUCGAAGAUCAAGGGCUGGUGGCUGAGCCAUCACUACCUCUCAUGCGCCGUUCCAGGCAUUGUGCUCACGUGGAAAGACGGAGUUUGCUAUCAGGUUGGCGGAGAAGUUGGUGCAUCGGCCGAUUAACUUUGAGCACUAUUAUAUAGGUUUAAGUUUCAGAGUCCGUUCGAGAAGAAAUUUAGUCCGAAAAUUCUCUGUGUGAUGCGUUUCGGCCUGAAUAUCUGAACAUCUGUCCCCCUUUUUUUAUUUCAAAAUCGUACAUAGAACACAUUUCUGAAGGGUUUCAUAGAAAAACUGUCGAAAAUCAGACCUUCUCAGUCUGCACUUUGAAAGAAAAGCGGAAGUCCGAUUUUUCGACAGUUUUUCGAUGAAACAAAUUAGAAAUGUGUUCUCCGUACGAUUUUGAAACAGGAAAAGUGACUGACUGGCGUUUUUGAUAAAAUUUCAGUAAAAAUGCAUCUGGAGACGAAAAGAAAAUAAGCAAAGUGCCGAGUGCAGUGGAGCGCGUUUGCUUAGUCCAGAAUGAUAGAAUAGUGCAAAUUUAGAGUGCUAAUGAAUAAAAUUGGGUCCUACCACAACUAAAUUCGAGUAAUUUAAGGAGUUCCGCCCGCUGUUCCUCGUGUUCGUCUUCUACAUUUCGCUCGUGCAACUCGCCCAGAACCAGUACCAAUCGGGCUGUCUCCGUCGGCUCCACGCGCUCGGACAGGGUCAUCAGAUGGACAUCACCGUCGAGGGAUUCACUUCGUGGCAGUUCAAGGGACUCACCUUCCUCCUUCCGUUCCUCAGCGUCGGAUAUGUACGCGUGAAAUGCAUCGUUUCGUCGCAAAGUGCUCAUUUUUCAGCUGUUCCAACUGUUCCUCGCCUUUAAACUGUACGGAUUCACCUACACGGAGACUUGUGACGGAUUGUGGCAGGUACGGGAAUCGUUUUUUUGGCUUAUGCGCUCUUUCUGUUGGAGAAGCGCCAAAACAUUCUUCCGUGAAAUUGAGUGUCUUAGCGCAAAAAUCUGCAGAUUUUUGCACAUUCUGUCCAGAACGACAAUAUCUGCAGGUGUGGGCGCUCGCCGCGCUGCUCGGACUGAUCGCCGGCGGCAACAUUGUGACGACGUCGAUGGUGUGUCUGCGGAAGCUCAAAACGACGCCCUCCUACACGAACAUCGUGGCGAUGACCCGGAAGUACAGUUCGCGCAACAAGAUGAGCCAGUCGUCGGAGCAGGAUCAAAAGUUCCGUGGAGCUCCGCCGGCGCCGACCAGCAAAUUGCACAUUCAUUGA